AUGGCCCCACCAGCAGCAUUGGUCGACCUUCAAGACCCGGCCACCAAUGGCCACAACCCAGCCAAGUCAGCAAAGGUAGCUGCCGUGCCUCAUACGACCGCCGUUCCGGCCAACGGUGCUGCCACCAAGCAGGAAACCAUCGAGGAGAUGGCCGGCCAGUGGUCCGACUUCCGCUUUGCUCCUAUCCGUGAGAGCCAGGUCUCGCGUGCUAUGACCCGUCGCUACUUCUCGGACCUUGACAAGUACGCUGAGAGCGAUGUCGUUAUCGUUGGAGCUGGCAGCUGCGGCUUGUCUACGGCCUACUGCUUGGCCAAGGCUCGACCGGACCUCAAGAUUGCCCUCAUCGAGGCUUCUGUCUCGCCGGGUGGAGGAGCUUGGCUUGGUGGACAGCUUUUCAGCGCUAUGGUUAUGCGUAAGCCGGCUGAUGCAUUCUUGAGAGAGAUCGGGGUGCCAUAUGAGGACAUGGACGCCAACUUCGUCGUGGUCAAGCACGCUGCCCUCUUUACCAGCACAAUCCUGUCGAAGGUGCUCCAUUUCCCGAACGUCAAGCUCUUCAAUGCUACCGCCGUGGAGGACCUCAUCACUCGCAAGACUGACGACGGUGGUAUCCGCUUGGCUGGCGUCGUGACCAACUGGACCCUCGUGAGCAUGCACCACGAUGAUCAGUCCUGUAUGGACCCGAACACCAUCAAUGCUCCAAUCGUUAUUUCCACGACUGGUCAUGACGGACCAUUCGGCGCCUUCUCCGCCAAGCGUCUCGUCUCCAUGGGCGGUCUUCCUGCUCUCGGCGGCAUGCGUGGCCUCGACAUGAACACUGCUGAGGAUGCCAUCGUCAAGGGCACGCGUGAGAUCGCGCCGGGCUUGAUCAUUGGCGGCAUGGAAUUGUCUGAAGUUGAUGGAGCGAACCGAAUGGGACCGACGUUCGGCGCGAUGGUUUUGUCUGGCGUGAAGGCCGCUGAAGAGGCUUUGAAGGUCUUCGACCAGCGCAAGCAGGAGUGCAGCGAGGAGAUGGCUGUGUAA